AUGGAUGAAUCUGUCCGAAAGUAUUUUACCAUAAUAACUUUUGUACUACUUGUAAUGCAGUUGAAGCCUAGCAGCUCAUCUUUGACACAACCAAAGGCGCCAAACUUCCAGUAUUUUGAAAGACCAUACUAUCGAUACCCUUAUUACGAUAACAGUGGAAAAGGACUUCUAUUGUAUGGACAUGGAGGAAUUCAGCUUUAUAAAUAUAAGACGUACAGCACUCUUGAUGGCAUACAUUAA